CAACGAGAUUUUCUCAAAGCAAAGCACCUCCACAAGGUAAUUCUCAGGAACAGUGAGUUCAACCACAACAAGUACCUUGCAAAUCUUGUGAUUGAAAUGUAUGGAAAAUGUGGGAGUCUGGAGGAUUGUCUUGCGGCUUUCUAUGAGAUCGAAAGGCCUAAUGUCUUCUCUUGGUGCAUUCUUCUCUCUGCAUAUGCCAGGAAUGGGCAUCUUCAGCAAGCCAAGGCUGUUUUCGAUCUAAUGCCUGAAGUAAACAUCGUAGCCUGGACUUCGCUUGUGAAGUCAUACGCAGAUAAUGGUUUGCUGCACGAAGCAGAAAGAAUGUUUUGCGAAAUCAAGGCAGUUUGUAACCUUGUCUGCUGGAAUUGCAUGCUCGCAGCAUAUGCCCAACACAACCUUGUCGAGAAAAUGGAUUCAAUCUUUUCUGAAAUGCCUGCCCGUGAUUUGUUCUCAUGGAACUCGGUACUUUGGGCAAAUGCUGAGUUUUGCGGUUUCGGAAAGACCAAGACCAUGUUUGAUGCGAUGCCCGAGUGGGAUAUUAUUUCAUAUAAUGUGAUGCUUUUGGCACAUACCCACACUGGGCAUAUCAACGACGUCGAGUCCCUCUUUGCUGCUAUGCCCGAGCGCGACCUCGUCGGCUAUAGCCAAACCAUUGCAGCACACAUCGUGCACAAAGAUCUAGACCGAGCGAAGUUGCUGUUUGAUCAAUUGCCGGAGCGAGACGUGAUUUCUUCCACAAGAUUGCUGCAAGGGUACGUGGAAUCACGAAACCUCGAGGCAGCGACAGAUUGCUUCAAUGCUAUGCAUCAACUUAGCGUCCCGUCUUACAACUUAAUGGUCGUGGCAUAUGCCCAAGAAGGACAUCUCGACUGGGCGCAAAGGGUUUUCCACGAGAUUCCCGAGAGGAGCAUCGUGUCGUGGACGUCGCUGGUUGAGGCAUAUGCCCAGAACGGGCAUCUUGGCGACGCGAGAGAGAUGCUCGAGAGGAUGCCCGAGAGGAAUGUGGUGGCCUGGACGGCCAUGGUCUCCUCGUAUGCACACAAUGGCUAUGGACGAUUGGCAAUUUCAAUGUUUCGGGAGAUGGAGGUUAGUGGUGAGGAGGCCAACGAGGUUACCAUCUUGGGUGUUCUUCUGGCGUGUAACCACAAAGGGAUGCUUGUCGAGUGCUUGGGUUGCUUCAAAGGGAUCAAAGAGGACUAUGGUGUUACUAUGGUUGUGGAUCACUAUCUGGCAAUGGUCGUGGUUUUGGGACGGCUUGGAUAUGCCAAAAUCGCGAGAGAUUUGCUGAAUUCCAUGCCUUUCAUCACUGACAAUCCUCGAAGUUGGGAGAUCUUCCUGAGGUUUUGUGAGGGAUGGACUUGAGAAGCUUGAAGAAAAGUUUUGGAUUUUUCAAUAAAUAAAAAGAGUUUAAGCGAUUUAAAA